AUGCUGUUUAGUACUGAGUACAUCAACUGGCAGAAGAAACCACUAUUCCAAGCUGUACCGUUGAGGCUGAAGGCCAUCGUAGAAACGAUGAUUGAGGAAAAGGGAUUGAAGAGUAAACUAUACUUCAAUGCUGUGCUUAAGUGGAUGCCAGCCGAUGAAGCCGCCAGAUUAGACUAUGAGAUUCCAGAAGAUGUUUUUAUUGACCAAUUAAGCGUGGAUCAUAUAGACUUUAUUUAUUCGCUAUGGACUCACAGCGACGUUUACCCCAAGUCCGACCUUUGGGAUACAGUAAGGUUAAACAUUGGUUUAGGUGUAUUCAGUCAGCUUAAUGGCGAGCUAUUGGCGUGGGUCAUGUGUGGCAGUUAUGGAGGUCUUAGUACUUUGAUGGUUCAUCCAGAUUACAGAGGACGUGGAUUUGGUAAGUUGAUUUUGUUGGCAGUCACAAAGGUAAUGGGUGAGAAUGGCGUCUCUCCUUAUGGACUUAUCAAUGAAAAGAACAACGUUUCGUUGGGUCUAUUUAAGAACGUUGGCUAUGUUAAACAUUCAACGCCAUUACCUUGCAUAGAAGUCGAAGACCCGGAUAGUGGGCCAUAA